AUGCCAGAUCAUCGUUCUUAUCAAGAUCCAUUCUAUGGAUGGACCAUACCUAAAGCAGUAUCUCUCUGUGUUCAAACGUUAAAAGAAUGCAGUUCAUUACCAUUUCCAGCAAUUCAAAAAUUUAUUGCUCUCAGUGAAAGUCAAAUUUUAAACGAACAAUCAUCCACUACAGCACUAGACCAUCUAACAAAAUGUACGAAAAAAUAUGAUAUCGCGUUCGAAAAACUACUCAUUAUAUAUAAUGGAUUUGUUACCAUUCUUCGCCUUGCAUUGAAACCGCCAGCUGCAUUUCUUAAACCAGAUAUAUUCAAAGAUGAUCUACGUGACUUAAAAUUUUCCGAGGAAAUUAUUGAAGAAUUUCAUAACAUUCUCUUUGGUUCGAAACGUGAUCAAUUGUAUCUUACUGCACAAGAGUCUGAUCGUCCUCGUUUGUCACUAUUAAAAUCAUUUGAUUGGAAUCUCGAUGUUACUCUAACAACCGCAUCGUUGUCACGAUGUGUAGAACCGUUGUUGUUCUUUAAAUUUCAAACCACUGGCAAUCGAACUUUGACAUUCGAAGUACCCAUAAAGAAAUUCAAUGAACUUCGUUAUAACACCGCAUUACUUCUCAAAGAAAUGGAAGAAAUCGAUGGAAAGCAAACAUUGAAGCUACUCGAAACUUAA